AUGGUUACAAUGCAGUCAAGUAUGAUUGUUACGUUGGUUGGUAUUGUUUGUUGUGCAUGGUUCAUCGAACGAAGCUAUGCAUAUCCAAGGAACAGUGAUGAGGUGGAUUGCAGCCAAUUUACUGAUGAUAGAGACGUUAUUCGUCAAUUUCCAUUUCCAAUCGCCGAAUAUGAAGGAGAAUCAUUUUUGGAACAUAGUGUAGUAUCCAUAGACGAAGAUACUAAUAUGGCCAGUUCAAUUUUUUUCUACAAAGAAGAAAUAGUUCCACCGAGUGUGUACUGUUUAUCACAACUGUCAAUAUUGUCCAUCAGCAGAACACCAUUUCCGAAGGGUAAUGUACAGAUGAUAUUUGUAAAAAUGUGCAGUGUGAUUGAAUGCGGUUUUGCGCCAUUAAUAGGUAUCAUUCCUGACACGUUGCUAAAGCUCAAGAAUCUGACUUAUUUUUCUGUGUCGAGCACGAAAAUUGUGAAAGGAUUUGAAAAGCUAACAAAACUUCCAAAACUGGAAACGCUUGUGUUGGAUAAUUGUUCACUGACAUCUCUUCCGAAUCUGAACAAUCUGCCGAACUUAGGUGCACUCCUCGUGGAAAACAAUAACUUGACUGACAUUUUUGACAUUCCUGGCGUUCAAUAUCUAGACCUUAAUGGCAACCAAUUGAAAAAUAUACCGAUGACAAGAGAUCCCGAUCGAUUAAUCGGACUCGGUAUGAGCGGAAAUCCUUUGUCAAGUGCUGCAACAAUAAUGUUGUACAAGAAUUUGGAAGAUAUUAAUUUGUCUGGCACGGGAAUCUAUUCAAUUCCAGCGACAAUUGAUAGACUGAGAAAUGUGACCAGACUUGAAUUAUCUGACAAUAAUCUGACACAUUUGCCAACGAAUAUUCGUAAUCUCCGUCAACUAGAACUGUUGGAUAUCAAAAAUAAUCUUCUAUCAAAGCGAAAUAUUGAAUCAAUUCGGCUAUCGUUCGAGAAAUCGCAUCCGGAGUUGCAAAUAAAAUAUUGA